CUAUACAACCUGAACCAGUUUCGCAUAGAGUUAAAAUGGCGUUCCAUCAAUUCAUACUGUUUGCCUCGCUUUUUAGUAUUGUUACGUCACAGGUACCGAUUCCCAAGCGGAAGCUUGGAUACGUCUUCGGAGAGGUUAAAGGUCUCACCCCAGUGAACAUCGAUGCCUUCCUUGGUCCUGUCUGUCCGGAUAGUAAAGAGGUGUUUCCUACACUACUACAAUUGGCAAAUCACUAUGGACCGGACGUUCUUACUCUUCGUAUGCACAUGUUUCCGCUACCGUAUCAUAGAAAUUCAUUUCUCGUAGCAAUGGGGGCCCAAGUGGUGAAUAGAAUGAUCAGCUCGGCUCAAGGAGUGUACAACUGGACCGGAAGUGUAUACGACAAGAUCGACACUCUGUCAAACACUGCAACGAAAUCAAUGUCAGAGAUUCAAAUCAUCAGUAUGUUGGGUGAUAUAGCUGCCGGGCUCGGAAUACAGAAAUCUGUAUUUGUCCAGAAAAUGGCGGACCCAUUAGUUGAUGAGGAUGCACGUGUGGAAUGGAAAUACACAUGCACUCGUGGAAUAUCGGGGACCCCCAUGUUUACCAUCAAUGACGUCAUAGUAGCUGCCGACGCGUCUUGGAGUCUUGAGGACUGGAGGAAAGUCAUUGACCCUCUCUUAAGCAAUAAUACAUCCUACCAGAGUUUCCAUUUCACGGGCUGUAAGAUCGGCACAACAAAAUGUGAGUACCUGCCCGGUAAAAUAGAGUGCUGUACCAAGGGGGAGGCGUGUAUACCCAACGUGGGAUGUCGGUGCUGACGUCACGACAUUUAAAUAUAUAGACAGCAUCAUACAUGUACUUGUCAGAAAUAUGUAAAAUACCGGUAUUUUUGUGUUGUAUAAAAAUAAAGAAUACCUACCUCA